AUGUUAAAAUCAUUACUUGGUGUUUCUAGACAUUCUAGAGCUUUUAGAAGGGCAAUGAUAUUAGAAUUUCAACCAUUACGUGCCUAUUCAGAAACUCAACAACAACAACAAAAAACACAAACAUUUCAUGAAAAAUUACAAUCUACAAAAUCAUAUUUAAAGAAAUUACAAACUGAAGAUUCUGAAGAAAGCGAAAGGAUGCUUAAAAAAGUAAGGAAAUGGGGGGUUUUAUCUGUAUUUAUUACAUUGGCUUCUAUUUCAAUUGCUGUUUAUGAUGAGCAUUUUGGUGAGAAAGACGAAGGGGAAUUAAAGAAAUUGGAAAAAGUACCACCAAUGGAAUUAGAAUAUAUUCCAAAUUUGUCUCGAGAUAUAAGACAUACUAAAGAUUAA